GGAAUAUUCAAUACUUCUGUGUGGGUGACUGAUGGAUGCAAAGCUUGAUUUAUUGAAGGCUGAACUUUUUGAUAACCUUCAGCACCAUGUGGAGAGUGUUGAACAAGAUUCUGAAAAGGUGUUUGACAUUCAUCAGUGUGAUGCGGAAGAAAAAGCACUUCGAUACAAAUAUAGGCAAGAGGGAAUGUCUGAUAUGAUGUUUGAAAAGUGUUUGAAAGAAGUGGAGAGUAAGAUAUUUACAAGUAGCAGACAUGCAGUUGACUCAUGUCUGGUUCGUCUGAAAUCACGAGAUUCAGAAGAUCAAUACAGUGCUUGCACUGAACUUAUGUCACAAUUGUUUUCACCUUUCUAUCGACGGAGUUCUUAUGAUGCUGCAGAUUAUUUUUCUUCUCAAGGUGGAGUUGAAAUGUUAGUACAGCUUGUGAGCUCAACUUGGCAGACAGAAGAGCAUGUGUGCACAGUGGCUUUGAUUGCAGCUCAGGAAUUCAUGAGUAGUGAUGGGCGGACUGAUAUGAUGAUCAAGUGUGGAAUUUUGCCACUUGUAGUGAAGAUAUUAAAUUUAUCUUCUUCUUCAACUCUGAAGUCUAAAGGAGCCGGAGUCCUUUGUGCAUUGUUGGAUAUUCGGUCAGCUCAAAUAGAAGCGGUGAAACAAGGUGCUCUGGAUCCAAUCAUUAACAUUGCCAUGUCGACUGAGAAUGAACUGACUGAUGUAGAAGCAGCUGUAGCUUGUCUCUACUGCUGUUCGUCUAAUCCCAAGUUGGUGGAAGAUAUUAUUAAUGCAGGCACUGUAAACUUGCUGUGUGAUUUGUCAGUUACCAUUACUGAAAGGCAUGAUUUUGAACUCAAUCAUCCUGACUGUUUAGACAUUGUAAAGAAGCUACCACGAAUGAUAAAGUUUAUGUGUCAUGCUACAAAUGGGUUGCUCUUUACUCAGAAAGUUAAGAGUCAGUGGAGAGAACUUAUAGAAAACAGCACGCGAGAUGUGGACAUGUAUCAGUGUUUAUCAUAUUUACACAAAGAGGAGAUGUGGGUGCAAGCACUUCAGUUGGCUGCAUACUGGAUGAAAAUUGAGACUCCCGAAAGUGUAUGGGAAGCAGAGCGUGAUCGUUAUGUGUGGCCAGUCUUAAAAUCCUUCACUGUACUGCUUUCUUGCAGUCAUCCUGUGGUUCGACAUCUUGGAGCUUUUAGUAUGGCCAAAUUAUCUCUCGGUCCAAACAAUUGCCAGACUCUAGUGGAUGAAGAAGGAAAGGGAGUUGAUUUAUUGCAGCUGUCCAGUUGGAGUGUACCAGAGAAAGAACACAAUGAACAUUGCCGUGAAACAUCUUCACUUUGCUCAUCAGCUUAUCAUCGACUGUUACCACUAGGACUUCAUCCACCUCGUCUUGAAAGUAUCUGUUUGUACUAUAUUGGAAAUCAUUUUGCAUCCUCAUUUGCAGCAUCAGUUGAUAUUUUGCCUAGAAAUCUGCAACUGAACAUCAUACCAUUCUCUAAUGUAUUAUAAUGGAAAUUAAUUUGGAAUAACUUGCCACUGCAUGAUGGGCAGCAUAGCAAUACGUUGAAUGAUAUUAUGUUGUCCAUGCAAUUUUUCAGCAAACAGUCGUCUUGAUUAUAUGAUUUAGGAAAUAAACAAUUAAUUCGUGCA